UCAUCCGAAACGUUAACGCUACGAAAACAUACAACUUCAAGACGAUAUCGAAGUUGAACAUUAUUCUCAUUGACACCAGGACUGUACGAAUACAGCAGAGACGACAAUGUCAGUCGUGUUGGCGAUAAUAACAGCUGGUGUUGCUGCAUAUAUACUUAUUUAUUACAAUGGUUUUCGAGGUGCCAGGUGUAAAAGUGCAGAGAUGCUGCAGGGGAAGACAGCUGUAGUCACUGGUGCUAACACUGGCAUUGGGAAGGCAACAGCCAUGGAUCUGGCCAGACGAAGGGCUAGAGUUAUUCUGGCCUGCAGAAACAAGGAGAAAGCUGAGGCUGCUGCAUAUGACAUCAGAAAGGAAACUGGUAAUACAAACGUGUUGUUUAUGCAUCUGGACCUGGCCAGUUUUAAGUCUGUGCGUGAUUUUGCUGAGACGUUUCUCAAGACUGAGCCCAGACUGGACCUGCUCAUCAACAAUGCAGGACUGAUGGUAGGAGGCAAAACCGAGGAUGGCUUUGGCAUGGCGUUCAUGGUUAACCACCUGGGCCACUUUCUCCUGACACUGCUUCUGCUGGAUCGGCUGAAGGCAUCAGGGCAGAGUCGAAUCGUCAACGUGUCAGCUAAGCUUCAUUGCCUGGGCUCUGUGGACUUCAGCACUCUCAGCACACACAAGGAUUUGGUGUCAGGACAGUCAUUGUGGCACACCUUCAUGGCCUACUGUCAUAGCAAACUCUGUAAUGUUCUGUUUACCCGAGAGCUGGCCAACCGUCUAGAGGGCAGCAGUGUGACCUGUUACAGCUUGCAUCCUGGAGUUGUAGCUACAGAACUGGGACGCAAUAUACAUUUUUGGAUGAGGCUGCCAAUGCUGAUCAUCUCCAAGUUCUUCUUUCUGACCCCAGACGGUGGUGCUCAGACUACGCUGCACUGUGCCCUCCAGGAGGGCUUGGAGCCUCUUAGUGGCCGAUACUUCUCUUCUUGUGCCGUAUGCAAUGUCAGUGACAUGGCCCGAGAUGAUGGGCUGGCCAAAAAGCUGUGGGAAGUGAGCGAGAGGAUGUGUGGCCUGUCAUGAGUGAGAGUGUGGCUGGGAUCGUUACAAACAGAGCCAAGACUCAAGGCUGCCAGGAGGUCGAUGAGAGCGAAGGUGUGCAGAGUGAAACCCUUUCUCACACUCACGCUUGUGGUAUGAUUAGUCUGUUGCUUAUAGACGCUACUUUAUUAGUGGAAGAUGUUUUUUUGCUAUGUGCAAUCCAUUGACUGCUUUAAAAUGCACUCGUUUGACUCUUUGAGCUUUCAUAGCAUUCUGUAGAGACACACACUGUUCUGAGAACAGCCAUUGAAAAUGUUUCAGUGCUCACAUGCAUCUUUAAAAAAAAACAACAACAAAAAAACUAGACACUUAUACUAGCGGUGGGUAAUAUAGUAAAUAAUAUAUCACCAUAUUCAUAAACAUUUUUUACUUUCCAUGAUGUGCAUCAUGAUGUUUAGGUUUGAGAACAAACUGAUAUAUCAUUUGUAACGUUUUCUUAGUUUUUUUUAUUAUGUCUACUAGUUUACGAGUAAUACUAAAUAUACAUUUUUAAAUAAAACUUUACAGUUUUAGAGGAAGGACAUGGCUUUCAUAUCAAGCAAGCUGCUUCCAGUCAAUUUAUAAUUAUUUUAAAUAAAAAUACAUAUAAAAAAGGAUGUACUAAGAAGGUUUGGUGCAGUUUUAAAGAUAAAGGAUGAUCAUACAAGUUAUUAGAGUUCAGAUAUUUCUAGAUCAGAUUAAGAAAGGAAAAUACAAACCUUGGAACUGAUCUCAUUUGUAUUUGUAUUUCACUAAUAUCCCAGCAUGCAUUAGCAA